AUGCAUAGCACUCCAACCUGGCAGACGGGCACGCUGACCCGUGAAAAAAAGGGCCGCCUGCAGCAGGCUACAAUCGAUCUGCUGGACGGGUCUGAUAUCCAAUUCCGCAGAGAGCACCGUUUGGAUAUAGCCUUGGUCAAGAAUCUCCCGGUUGCUCUUAUCUUCCUGCCGGCGGCUGAUAUACCCACCUUCGUCGGCGAAGGUCGUGUUGACCUGGGCAUUACGGGACAAGAUCAAGUGGCUGAGCAUAAUAUGCGUGGGCUACCGGGCCAACAGUCUGGCGUGGAGGAGAUUCUGGACCUUGGCUUCGGCGGAUGCAAGCUACAGGUCCAAGUGCCGGAGAAGGGCGCCAUAACUGACCCCAGGGAACUCAUCGGGAAGAAUGUCGUUACAAGCUUCACGGGCCUUGCAGAAUCCUACUUUGCUCGGUUGGAGGGUGCUAGCAGGAAAGAGGACGGAACCUGGGAUCUAAAGACUAGGAUCAAGUACGUUGGCGGCAGUGUAGAGGCUGCUUGUGCCUUGGGAGUAGCUGAUGGAAUCGUUGAUCUUGUUGAAUCCGGUGAGACCAUGAAAGCUGCUGGCCUUAAAGCCAUCGACACAGUCAUUAGCACCAAUGCCGUCCUUGUCAAGUCUCGAAAUACUACCAACCCCUUAGUCGACCUCAUUGUUCCAAGAAUUCGCGGUGUUAUCACUGCCAAAAAAUAUGUACUCUGCCAGUAUAACGUUCCUCGCAGCAUCUUGUCCAAUGCAUGUGCCAUAACUCCUGGAAAACGAGCUCCUACAAUUACCACCCUGGAAGAAGAGGGAUGGGUUGCUGUCAGCGCCAUGGUGGAAAAGAAACAGAUUGCGAAUGUCAUGGACGACCUAUCGGCUGUUGGCGCCACUGAUAUCCUUGUAAUGGGGAUCGCAAACUCAAGAACGACACCCUGA